AUGGCGCCCCUUCUCCUCAAGCCUUCGGCCAAACGCAAGGCUACGACGACGGUGGUCGUGCACGAAGAGCCUUACAGCAUCAAAGGAUUCGAGUCGAGCAUGUACGACAUUCGAUGCUUCAUCUGCCUUGGCUGGGACCAGGGCGACAUGAGUAGGUUGGUCUGCAAUGCACCGGUGCAGCGGUGCCAGUGUCGGGUCUACAUAUGCACCUCGCACACCCUCGAUCCUCGUUUCGAGAGCUAUUGUGUUACUUGCAAGAAGCCAGCAUCGACCGUACCGGAUCCCACCGCCACGGCGCUACUUAGAAGCACCGCCCUCGUCGAGUGCACCAGUCCCCAGUGCCCGGAACUGAUCACGAUGGACGACUUGGAGACGCACCUUCUGUCCCAGUGUCCCUUCAACCUGAUCCGGUGCGACAAGCCCGGCUGCCCCGUCAGGUACGCCCGCAAGGACAGAGACGCUCACGCGCGAGCCUGCAAGUCCAUUAGCUGCAGAUUUGCGCUCUCUGCUCCGGACGGUGCGCAGCUGGGGUGCUCAUGGAGAGGCAACAGGAGCGAGAAAUACUCCCACGCCUGCCCGAUCGGGACGCCCCAGCGCUUCGGUCUCAUCCGCGGCUGUUACGACUAUUUGAUGCGGGAGAUCAAGGCCAGGGACGACACGAUAGCUGCGCUGAAGGAGACAGCGGGUGGAUUUAGUGGAUUCAGGGGUCUGGGGAUUUGCUGCGAGCGGAUCAUGGUAGGGCGGGACGUCGCCGCAACGAAGAGUCUCCUCUCAGAAUGCGGACUGCUGUGCGCCGACUUGAACGGGCUCGUGGCACUGCAAGGGAGGACGCCAUCGUCGCUCGCUGUAGCAGCGAGUUGGAGCGUAGCCGAGAGGAGAGGCUUGAGCCUGAGCAAGAAGCAGAUCACUGGUCUGGGCUGCGAGGUCUCCGGUUGA